AUGUUUGGCCCGGCGAAAGGUGGCCAUUUUGGAGUCCGUCCGGCGGCUGGUUGCCCCGGCGGCGACUCCCAACUAGCUUCCGGGACCAAAGGUGGCCCCGCAGGUGCCGGGCCUAUGGGCGGCCGGGCAGACACGAUGUGGCGGCUCCGCUGCAAGGCCAAGGAUGGCACUCAUGUCUUGCAGGGGUUGUCCAGCCGGACCCGCGUGCGCGAGCUCCAGGGCCAAAUAGCCGCCAUCACCGGGAUCGCCCCCGGUGGACAGCGGAUCCUCGUCGGCUACCCUCCGGAGUGCCUGGACCUUAGCAACGGGGAUACCGUUCUAGAAGACCUGCCCAUCCAAUCAGGAGACAUGCUGAUCGUUGAAGAAGACCAAAGUAGGCACACAUCUUCACCUGCAUUUGCAAAACCCGGUGCUCCCAGUUAUUACAGGGAAAUGUUGCCCGUACUCACCAGAACUGCAGUCCCCGCAGACAACUCUUGCCUCUUUACCAGUGUGUAUUAUGUCGUUGAAGGAGGAGUCUUGAAUCCAGCCUGCGCCCCUGAGAUGAGACGCUUCAUAGCACAGAUUGUAGCCAGUGACCCCGAGUUCUAUAGUGAGGCGAUACUGGGAAAGACAAACGAAGAGUACUGUGACUGGAUCCAAAGGGAUGAUACUUGGGGAGGAGCUAUCGAGAUAUCAAUUUUGUCCAAGUAUUAUCAAUGUGAGAUCUGUGUCGUGGACACACAGACCGUAAGAAUCGAUCGUUUCGGGGAAGAUGCGGGAUAUACCAAAAGGGUCCUGCUGAUUUAUGACGGCAUCCACUAUGAUCCUCUGCAGCGGAACUUCCCUGACCCGGACACCCCCCCGCUGACCAUUUUCUCUUCCAAUGAUGAUGUUGUUCUCGUUCAAGCACUGGAAUUGGCAGAGGAGGCCAGGAAAAAGAGACUGUUUACUGAUGUGAACCGCUUCACCCUGAGAUGUAUGGUGUGCCAGAAGGGAUUGACUGGGCAAGCAGAAGCAAGGGACCACGCCAAGGAAACGGGCCAUACCAACUUUGGAGAAGUGUGACCGAUGCUUGACAAGGGUUGAAGCCUACUACCUCACCGAUCCAGAAGGUUCUGGAUAUUCCAAUAAGCUAAGCAUAACCCUAAAGAACAAAAGGACACCAUGCUUGAAACCACCAUUUUAACUUAAAACCACCAAGGCACUGAAAUUCCUUGUUAAGAUUAAACUUAGUGUGCAAGUUUA